AUGGGCAUGGCAGGUCAUCGUGGGACAAUGUGGCUUCUUCCCACUGUCCUCCUUUUCCUUCAGAUGAGGCAGACAGUCAUCCCAAAGUUCUGCAGAAUAAACAACGGGGACUGUGAGCAGUUCUGCAGUGUCCAAAGAGAUGGGCGGAAGGAUGUGGUGUGCUCCUGUGCAGAUGGGUAUGUUCUAGCAGAGGAUGGCAAACACUGUGUUGCAACAGUAAAAUACCCUUGCGGAAAAGUUUUUGUGGCAAGGAAAAAAAGGUCUGUUCUUUCACCCACUGACCAAAGCAGUGGAAUGAGUGAUCAAGACCCUCCUGCAUAUGAAAUGACCACAGAGGAGAACUUUGUAAUUACCACAGAAAGCCCCACCCCUCCAUCUGACAACAGAACAGGAAGCAAGAAUCCAUAUGUCAAUACCAGGAUAGCUGGUGGAGAUCAGUGUCUUCCUGGCCAGUGCCCAUGGCAGGCUGUUCUGUUAAAUGAGGAAGGAGAAGAGUUUUGUGGUGGAACUAUUCUGAAUGAAAAUUUCAUACUUACUGCAGGUCAUUGCAUAAACCAAUCCAAAGAAAUCCAAGUUGUUGUUGGUGAAGUGGACAGAGAGAAGAAGGAGCAGUCUGAAUCAACGCACACAGUGGAUAAAAUAAUUGUUCACUCCAAGUUUGAUGCUGAGACUUACGAUAAUGACAUUGCUUUAUUAAAGCUGAAGGAACCUAUCAGAUUUUCAGAGUACGUCAUCCCAGCAUGUCUCCCCAAAGCAGACUUUGCUAAUGAAGUUCUGAUGAAGCAGAAAUCUGGGAGGGUUAGUGGCUUUGGGCGGGAAUAUGAUGGUGGACAACUCCCAAAGAAACUGAAGGUGCUUGAACUCCCCUAUGUUAAUAGGAGCACUUGUGAGAAAUCCACUUACUUUGUGGUAACUGAGAACAUGUUCUGUGCUGGUUAUCACACAGAGGAAAAAGAUGCUUGCCAAGGAGACAGUGGUGGCCCCCAUGUGACCAGAUACAAGGAUACUUAUUUUGUUACUGGAAUUGUUAGCUGGGGUGAAGGAUGUGCAAGGAAAGGCAAAUAUGGGGUCUACACCAAACUGUCCCGGUUCCUGCGCUGGGUAAGGACAGUCAUGAGUUUGUAGUGGCGCUGUGUCCCUUGAUC